CCAAUUUGGUUUUUACUAUCCGAACUGAAACUUAGACAGUAAAAAAAAUCUUUAUAAUAAAAUAAAAAUAAAUUCAUUUGAUUCCAGAAACUAAUAGAAUAAGAGAAUUGAAUUCUCCACCAGCUUUGUUUUUGAUACACUCUUCACUCUCCCAACGGAACUUCCCAAGCUCGUCUCUCAAAUAUACACAGCAAUCUCAUUUCUGUUUGUUUUGAAGCAAAUCUUCUGAUCGCAGGUUUCAAUCUGAAUCAGAGACUAAACGACGACAAUGCAAGCGUCCACGUACGCUGUCAAACCGAGUGUAGGUUUUGAGGCGCGAAACCGGAGGAGAGUUUCUGCUUGUUUUGGUGACUUUAAGGGCGGAAACUUAGCUUUGAAUGGUAGUAUUGAUAAGAAUAAUAGUAUUUGCAUGAGAAGUGGGACCGCUUGCUGUGGAUUGCGUCUCGACGCGGCUACUAUGGGAGCUGAGCUCACGCGUGCGAGAUUUGGUGUUGAAAGUCUGUUCAGGUCAACGGCUAAGUCACGAUCAGUCAGAACGCAGGCUACUGAUGGAGACAUUGAAGAAGUUACUCCUAUCAAGCAUCAGGAGAAAUCUUCUGGAGUAGUCUUGCCUUUUGUUGGGGUUGCUUGUCUGGGAGCUAUUUUGUUUGGUUACCAUCUGGGGGUUGUAAAUGGCGCCCUUGAAUACCUUGCCAAGGAUCUUGGUAUUGCUGAGAACACUGUCUUACAAGGAUGGAUUGUCAGCACACUACUUGCUGGUGCCACUGUUGGUUCUUUCACUGGAGGAGCAUUGGCUGACAAGUUUGGCAGAACAAAGACUUUUCAAUUAGAUGCAAUCCCUCUUGCAAUUGGAGCAAUUUUAUGUGCUAUGGCCCAGAGCGUACAGACUAUGAUAAUUGGUCGCUUACUUGCUGGCAUUGGAAUUGGCAUCUCGUCUGCCAUCGUACCACUUUACAUAUCUGAGAUCUCACCAACUGAAAUUCGUGGUGCCCUUGGAUCUGUAAACCAACUUUUUAUCUGUAUUGGGAUUCUUGCAGCUUUGGUGGCUGGAUUACCUCUAGCUGGAAACCCUAUAUGGUGGAGGACAAUGUUUGGUAUUGCAGCUGUACCAUCUAUUUUAUUGGCACUAGGAAUGGCAUUUUCUCCAGAAAGCCCCCGGUGGCUUUUUCAGCAAGGAAAGAUUUCUGAAGCUGAAAAAGCUAUAAAGACACUAUAUGGGAAGGAAAGAGUUGGUGAAGUUAUGCAUGAUCUAACAACAGCAGGUCAAGGGUCUGCUGAGCCAGAGGCGGGAUGGUUUGAUUUAUUUAGCAGUCGCUAUUGGAAAGUUGUGAGUGUUGGUGCAUCACUUUUCUUGUUCCAACAAUUGGCUGGGAUUAAUGCCGUGGUGUAUUAUUCUACUUCUGUGUUCCGUGCUGCUGGAAUUGCAUCUGAUGUUGCAGCGAGUGCUCUUGUUGGUGCAUCAAAUGUCUUUGGAACUGCUAUUGCAUCCUCUUUGAUGGACAGACAGGGAAGGAAAAGUCUUCUGUUGAUCAGCUUUGGUGGAAUGGCUGCUUCAAUGUUGCUGCUUUCCUUGUCCUUCACAUGGAAAGUGCUGGCACCGUAUUCUGGCACCCUUGCUGUCCUUGGGACUGUCCUCUAUGUCUUGUCCUUUUCACUUGGUGCCGGUCCUGUGCCUGCUCUUCUCCUUCCAGAGAUCUUUGCCUCAAGAAUCAGGGCAAAAGCAGUUGCUUUGUCAUUAGGCAUGCAUUGGAUCUCCAACUUCGUCAUUGGCCUGUAUUUCUUAAGUGUUGUGAACAAGUUCGGUAUCAGCUCUGUCUAUUUGGGAUUUUCAACCGUCUGUUUUCUUGCUGUCAUGUACAUAGCUGGUAAUGUUGUAGAAACAAAGGGGCGGUCUUUGGAGGAGAUAGAGCGUGCACUUAAUCCAGUAAUUUGAUUCUGGUAAUCUUGGAAGUUGCACAUGGUAAUAAUCUCACUCGGGCUGACAAGUACUGACCUUAAAAUCAGUAGCCUUUUUUUUCUUCUGUAGAGCUUCCCCUUAUUCUGCUCAGACUUGGUAAUGGAUCGACUUGUUUGUUUGAGCAUCGUUUUGCUCUGUUCUGCGUAUAUGUUUAAGAUCAAAUGUAACUAGAGUCCGUGAUGUGUAUGUUUCUGUUUAAAAUCCCAGAUAUGAAGCGUACUGAAGGGUCUUUGGAGUUGAGUGAUGUAUACAGCUGAGAUUUUUGUUCCUUUGUGGUUUUCCAAUAAUGAUAAAAUAGCCGAAAAUAA